AUGGCUUACAACAUGACACCCAUCAUCAUGGAAUGCGUGGUGCCCUAUCCAAAGGCCCCACAUGGCUCCAAAUGUCCUGCUUGCAACAAGGUACAACGCGACUCGUCAAGCUUCAAGACACACGCUCGGAAAGUACACAAGACACUUGAUGCCCGGACACCAACAACCUGCACCGUGUGCCAACGAACUUUCCCCACCUUCCGUGCAGGAUCCAUCCACUAUGCCCGCCAACAUGGUCCAGCAUCCCAACCAAAGAGUGACUGCACCAAGGAAGCAACACCCACCUUGCAACCAGCUACUUCACCAACCGAUCCUGACACACCAACGCCUCCAACCCUUCUCCCCUCAACACCGGAGAUCCACGCCAUUAUCCGUGAAGUUGUCAACCGCUCCCCUCCAUCGACCUGCCUCACCAUCCCACGUUCCCGCCGAAGAUCACAGUCACCCUCUACCCAAGAACUCAUCGCAGACUUCCUCCAAAAUUCUCCCACCCGUCCAAUCUCACCAAUGACCCCAUCACAGCCGACUACCAACUCCACGACCUUCUGCUCCCGUUCCCCAUCUCCUGAAAUUGCUCCUCCUAUUCCACUACACAGCAGAUCCACCAUAUGUCCCAACCCAGAACCCCAGGUCCGCAACCUGCUCAAUUAUUACCGUGGCAUGUCCAACAACAACAGACCCAGCAAUAGUCCCACCAACAGUUCUCCCACCAGUCCUUCUGACACGCCCCCACCUCGCACAAACCACCAACCUUCGGAAACCCUGGCGGCAAUCAAUUCCACCGUCCAUCGCCUGAGAGCCACCCUCGAAGAUGUUCCUGAGGACGAAGGUCCCUCACAGUCACCACCUAGACCAGACAACCCCCCUCCAAGAACCUCGCCCUCUACCCCUCCACCAACACUAACACCAGUAUCCGCCAUCUCACCUAUCCCACCAACGCCAGAUACCCGUGAUGCGACCACACGUGAUGUCCCUCCUAACCAGCCAACGCGGACACACCCUCCACCAGACCUUGACUCCUCCCAAGAUGCCCAGUUACCAACCAAUGACAACGAGCUGGUCACUGAGUUCCACCAACAUUGGUCCACCACGUUCUCCUCCAACCUCCCGUGGGAAGAUUUCUCUGAGCAGUGUGUUCUCUUUGCCGAUGCGUGCCGCACCCUUGCCACCUCCCUCAACCAGCCUCCACAGCGCCAAACCACCGAACACCCACCCAACCGCCCAAGACACCCACGAGCCAGCCGACCUGUCCACCGUUUCAAUCCUAGUGAAGCCAAACGGAUUCAAGGCCUAUACCGACAUUCCAAAAAACGAGCAGCGCGGAAGAUCCUAACCAACAACAGCACAACAUACACAGGAUCCAAGCAAGCUGCUCAGGAUUUCUUUACUGACGUCUUCUCCACCCGUCCGUGUGAUACCGCCUCCCUGCUUCACCACCUCCAAGAAUCUGUGCCUCCCUCUGAUGAGGACAACACACACCUUGCCUCUGACAUGACUGAAGAAGAGGUCUCCACCAAGCUCCGCUCUGCUGCCAACACUGCCCCCGGGCCAGACCGCGUGGAAUACCGGCACCUGAAGAAAGUCGACCCAAAUGCCAAGAUCCUGUGCCUCAUCUUUAACAGAUGCCUUCACGCCAAUGACGUCCCCCAAGCUUGGAAAGAUGCCCUCACCAUCCUCAUCCACAAAAAGGGAAACCCUGAUGAUGCAUCCAACUUCCGCCCAAUUGCCCUUAUGUCGUGCAUCUACAAGCUGCUUAUGGGAGUCCUCGGCAAACGUAUCUCUUCCUGGGCGAUCCAACAGAACAUACUGUCCGACGAACAGAAAAGCGCACGCCCAUCAGAGGGAUGCUACGAACAUACGUACCUCCUCAAGUCUGUUAUCCGUGAUGCCCGCUUGAACAAGAGAACCGUCUAUGUCGCUUGGCUAGACCUCCGCAACGCCUUUGGCAGUAUCCCGCAUGACGCCAUCCGCACCACUCUACAUCAUGUAGGUGUCCCUGACAACCUGAUUACGCUGAUCUCCAACGCAUACACUGGAGCUACCACAUCCAUCCGCACCGGACAAGAGACCACCGAUCCCAUUCCAAUACGUGCUGGUGUGAAACAAGGCUGUCCUCUGAGUGCGAUCCUAUUUAACCUGUGCCUGGAACUUGUCCUAAGAGCCAUCAAACAGAAAGCUGCAUCUCUUCCUCGAAAUCAAUCCCUCACGCAUUUCGAGUCUCUUCUCUCUUGUCUGGCUUACGCUGACGAUUUAGUUUUAGUUGCUCGCAAUAAGGAUGCCCUUCAGGCUCUCCUCGAUAGUGCUUCCUCUGCUGCCUCGGUGAUUGGCCUCGAGUUUCGACCCGAUAAAUGUGCUACCCUAUCGUUUAUCAAUCGAAAAGGUGAACCUGCUCGUGUCGACCGCAAUGUCUUCAAUGUACAAGAUCACCCAAUCCCUUCCCUCGCUGCUGAAGAAUCAUAUCGAUACCUUGGUGUGCCCAUUGGAAUGAUCCAUAAUAUCGACGACCUCGACUCAGUUAUCCCACAGCUCCUUGAUGACCUCGAAGCCAUACGAACCUCCCUCCUCGCGCCUUGGCAGAAACUGGAUGCCAUCCGAGUCUUCGUCCAACCGGCCUUGACCUACGCCCUCCGUGCUGGCGACCCUCAGAAACAGUCCUUAACGGAAUACCGCAAGAAGCUUAUCCGUACCCUCCGCGAGAUCUGUGACCUCCCUACUCGUGCUUCACACGCAUAUUUCUUCGCCUCCAAAAGUGUUGGCGGCCUCGCCCUCCAAGAUCCCACCGCUGAAGCUGACAUACAGUGUAUUGUGCAAACCAUCCGCAUCCUAUCAGCCAGUGAUCCCACCGUUUCCUCCAUUGCUCGUGCUGAGUUAUUAGCUGUUGUCCGUCGCACCACCCGCUCGAAUCCUUCUCCAAACCUCGUGUCCAGAUAUCUCUCUGGUGACAGUGACAACCCAUUCACACACCUAUACUACACGUAUACCUCCCUCUGGUCCCGGUGUCGCAUGGCCUGCCGUCGCCUCAAGAUACGUCUUACCCUCCCAGAAACUGAACACCCCACCAUAACCGCUACUGACUCUGGUCCGAUCAAGGCUCGUGGUGCCUCAUCUUUCCUCCAUCGCGUAGUCCAACAGAAGCAUGGUAAGACGCUCCUCGACCUCCCAGAUCAAGGCAAAGUGGCCCGUUGUUUAUCCACCGAUUCCUAUGCCAAUGGAUCCACCUGGCACACCACCGGACUUAACAUCCGAUUCCGAGAUUGGCGUUUCAUUCACAAAGCCCGCCUCAACUGCCUUCCAACAAAUGCUGUGAAGAGCCGAUGGUCCAAUACUCCUCCCACCUGUCGACAUUGUACUGAACCUGAGACUUUACCCCAUAUUGUCAACCACUGUCGUCCAGACCUCGUUCACAUCCGCCAACGACACAACAAACUUGUCGAUCGGAUAACCACCGCGGUACGUUUUGGCACCAUCACCACCGACCGUACAGUCACCCAAUCUGGCCUCAACCUACGCCCAGACAUCAUUGUUGAAGAAGACGAUCAGAUCUUAAUAAUUGACGUUACUUGUCCCUUCGACAAUGGUGCUGAUGCCAUGGAAGAAGCAGCCAACGCCAAGAUUCUCAAGUACCAACCCCUGAAAGAAUACUUCCUCAAUCAUAAUAAACAGUGCGAAGUCUAUCCUUUCGUUGUUGGCUCCCUCGGAUCCUGGUACCCACCUAAUGAACUCCUCCUCAACAAACUUGGUAUGACCCGACGCUACAAAACCCUCUUCAGAAAACUCUGUUGCACCGACGCCAUCCAAGGUUCCUGUGAUGUAUACCGCCUGCACAUGGGAUGGGAUCAACACACCUAA